AUGGAGAUGACAAAAACUGGAGAUGGUUUGUGCUUUCAGAACAAUUGGGCAACAUUUGUGGAAGAUAACUCUAUCACAAAUGGAGAUUGCUUGGUUUUCUCCUAUUGUGGUUAUAGCCUGUUUGACUUUGUCUUAUUCGACCAAUUUGGAUGUGAGAAGAUAGUAAUGAAAGAUGCACAACCCCAAGUAAAAAAAGAGGUGAAAGAAGAAGAUGAAGAUGAUGAUGUUGUUGUUAAUGAUGAUGACAACAACGAUAAUGACGAUGGUGACAGUGAUGAUGAAGGUGAUGAUAGUAAUUUUGUUAACGACGAGGAUAAGAAUGAAGAAGAGGAUGAUGGUGGUAGUGGUGAUGAUGAAGAUGAUAAUGGUACUCGUUAUUAA